UACACACUAAAGUCCACGAAUCAAUGUCUUAACUGUAUUUUCAUGUCUCCCUAUUUAAUGCUCUUUCUCUACUUUAUAUAUAUAUAUAUAUCUCAUCCAACUAUUUCUCAUUAAUCUCCAUCAUAAACCCACCAAAUAUCUACACAACCAACAUGUUCACUAAAUCUUUCCUUUUAGCUUCCCUUCUUCUUCUCAUCUUCGUCUCUGCAACUGAAUCAUCUCGUCAGAAGAGUGGGAACGAUGGUUUAGGAUUUGGAGGAGUACCCGGAUCCGGAUUUGAUGGUAUACCCGGGUUUGGAAACGGCUUUCCAGGGAGCGGAAUGGGCGGUGGGUACGGCGGAGGUUUCGGUGGUCCAAAAGGUGGUUUUGGGAAAGGAGGUGUGGUUAGGCCAACGGUGACUUGUAAAGAGAAAGGACCUUGUAACGGCAAGAAGCUGAGGUGUCCGGCUAAGUGUUUCAGCUCUUUUAGCCGCUCCGGGAAAGGAUACGGCGGUGGAGGUGGGGGAGGAGGAUGCACAAUGGAUUGUAAGAAGAAGUGUAUCGCUUAUUGUUAAAGAGAAUAAGAAAAAUCCCAUCUUUAUAAUAUAUAGUCAUGAUAAUGAUUAUAUAUAUAUUGCCAUGUAAUGUUAUAGCUAAUAUAGAUUAUGAUCAUGAGGAUCCUUUUGUCUCGAUUCCGAAUGUACUAGUUUUUUAUAUGCAGCAUAAUAUAAUGGUUGUGAUGAAUAAACGAGGAAACUUUACGGUUUUCUCAGUUUGUGUUUUUA